AUGGCACCCCUGCCGCGUUUCCCGUCAUUAGCACGUCUUGUCCUCUUCCCGCUGCUGCUUUCCUUACUGGGGCGGAGCGGGUGGAGUUACGAGGCUCCAGAGGACGAAGAGGAUGUGUUUGCUAAAAGAGCCUGCCCUGCUUUCCUGUCCUUCACCAACGCGGCCUAUCUGGCAGGAGUCACCGUGGAGCUGCCCUGCCACUGCAAGCCAACGCAGAUCCAUUCGGUUGUGUGGUUCUAUAAGAAGCACCUGGACAACGCCGAGGGGACCAGGGCUCUAACAGACCUCCGUGGAAACAAGCUGCUGGACACCAGUCUGAUCCCUCACAGCGGCGACCUACGAAGCCGCUUCUCCAUCCGUCUCUUCAGCUUGCUGAUCUUCAGGGCAGGGCCAGAGGAUUCAGGCCUCUACUUCUGUGGCUCCACACACAGGGACUUCUUCUUUGCUUAUGAUCUGGACAUCCAGAAAGUGCACAAGCUCAGCUUGUAUUCAAGCUCCACUCAGGAAAAAGAGAGAUUGAGAGAUGCACAAAGAGUAGCCGGACUCGACUCAAGUCGGCCACUGUACCAAACAUUUACCAGUUACCAGAAAUGGCUGCAGUGUGACCGCUGUGGCAUGCCAGGGGAGCAGGUGCGGGCGGGGCUGUGCUAUGUCCACUCCCGCUACCUACAUGUGCGCUAUAGGAGAGCCAGUCAGACAGCUGCCUCCUGUGGUUCAGGGGCAGUCCCGAGGUCUUUUGGUCUAUCUCAGAGGAGAGUAGGGGCCACGAUGGAAGUCAGAAUGUGUCUUCAGACCUGCCCACCUCAAGCCCCUCCUUCUCCCAAACUCCUGUCGCUGAUGGCAUUUCUGGGUCACAGUUCCCCCUCCCAGUCAGUAGAAAUGCCAUUGUUUUACCUCAGCCACCCCGCUGAGCAGGUCCUGACCCUGGGCUGUCCGGGUUCACGACCCUACCUUGCUGUGGCCUGGGACAAGGAAUCUAAACCCAUCUACCGCUCUGAACAUUUGGAUGCUCACAACCCGAGUGCCACCUCUUCCAGGCUGUUCAUAGACACGAGGCACCACCUUGUCUUCACACCUGCCAAGACUGAGGACUCAGGGGUCUACUACUGCUGGCUGCAGGGCCGCAAGGCAGCAAAGAUCCAUCUGUUGGUCUACACACGUUUUGGUCGGGGCCGAAGCCUGACAUCACACCCUGACUUCAAGCCAGCUGUUAAGAUGGUGCUGACAUCCUAUGCUGCAAUGACAGCUGUCUUUAUCCUACUGGUGACCGGGAGGGCAGGAGUAAGAAUCCUUCGAAACGCUUAACUCUCAAGGCAGAAACACACAUUGUGUUGUUUUUGGAAUAAAGUGAUUUGAAAAUUUGAGAAAGCUGUGGCAUUCAUGGACAGGAUCUCAAGGCGCAGCCAAGGAGAGGAGUGUGUC